CUUUUUCUUCCCCCCUCCAAACACACACACACACACACACACACACACACACACACACACACACACACACACACACACACACACACACACACACACACACACACUGUUUGCGUAUCAGUCGACGCACACCGGCAGCUCGUUGUUCGAUGUUUGCGUUGAAUGCAUCUGCUUCAGUGAAUCUGUGGCGCGCGGGAAGAAGGAAAAUCAACAGUCUUAUUACGCAGAACAGUUUAUAGCAGAGCUGUGAGAGGAGAAGCGGGGAGGAUGUCCACACAUUACUGACUUGUCGUCGAGACCAGUGAACAACGCUGUGUGUUUUCUUCUGACACUGCAGUGGUGAGAAUGACGGAAUAUAAGUUAGUGGUGGUAGGUGCAGGUGGCGUGGGCAAAAGUGCUCUGACCAUCCAGCUCAUCCAGAACCACUUUGUUGAUGAAUACGACCCAACCAUCGAGGACUCAUACAGGAAACAGGUGGUGAUUGAUGGGGAGACAUGUCUGUUGGAUAUCCUUGAUACUGCAGGUCAGGAAGAGUACAGUGCAAUGAGAGACCAGUACAUGAGGACCGGAGAGGGCUUUCUCUGUGUCUUUGCCAUCAACAAUACCAAGUCUUUUGAGGACAUUCAUCAGUACAGGGAACAGAUUAAAAGGGUCAAAGACUCAGAUGAUGUGCCUAUGGUACUUGUGGGCAAUAAAUGUGACCUGCCAGCACGCACAGUGGACACAAGGCAAGCCCAGGAACUGGCCCGUAGCUAUGGUAUACCCUACAUUGAAACCUCAGCCAAAACGAGACAGGGAGUGGAAGAUGCUUUUUACACACUUGUCCGUGAAAUCAGGCAGCACAAGUUGAGGAAACUGAACCCGCCAGAUGACAACAGCCAAGACUGUAUGAAUUGCCAUUGUGUGGUGUCAUGAUCCGUGAAUGUGCAUCACAUGGCUUUUAGAGCAGUGCAGUCUGCCAGACCACAAAAGAUGCAAGACCUUCACAGAAGCUGGAUGUAAGAGCAGACUGUAUUAAUGGGAAACCUUUAUUCUGGCACCCCUGCAGUCUUCUUUGGGACGUCCCAGUCUUUCGCCUUUAAUAGGGAUGAAAGAAGUUGUACCUCAUUUUAAUGGUCUGAACACUGGAGUGGCAAGGACUGGAUGAAAAAAAUGCCACAAAUAUAUUUACAUUAAACAAACUAUCUACUCUUAACUGGAAGUUAUAGCUCAGAAAAUAACCUCUCAAACUGCUGUGGAUGUUAGGACAAACACUUCAAAUUAGCAUAUGGAAAGGAGAAUUGUGGCAUUUGUUAGAUCUGUUAGAAGAUUUGUAUUGCAGUUUGCUUAGAGGAAGUCAAACUUAAUAAACUGUACAUAAUUCAAAGAGGACAUUUAUUAUUAUGCAGUGUGUUUAUCACAGGUUAUGGUGCAAUAGAUUGUGAUGUGGAUUUGAAGGGACACCUCCAAUAAGGGUUUGAUUUGCACAUAUAGGAUAAUGUUUUAAAUUGGCGGACGCACUCGCCUUUAUUCUUGGUUAGCCUCUGGUUUUGAAUGGCCCUCAGUGUCUUAAUUGUGGCUUGACUAAACAUCAAGAUGUUUUUAAAUGAGUGUAUCGGACAAGCACACAGUUUGCAUAUAACUGAAUCGGCCACAAAUUUCUGAAGGUCUCAUUAAAGGUGCACUCAUAAUGAAAUUAAUUCUAAUGAAAGCUGUUUAAAUGUACAUGAAGAGGGUCCCCUCAUGGGGGCCACCAUGUUAGGAUCACAUGAACCAGCCGAAUACUACUUACUCAAUCUCAGCAAUUUCCCUGUUAUUGGACAUUUGCACUUGAUUAAAGUAAACAUGGUUGACUGUCAAUAUUAGUGAAUUUCAACAAUGUCAUCGGUAACUGAAAAAUAUUAUUUUUGAAUUAAACUGCAUCCACGCCCCUAGGUGUCAGUGUAAUCUAAGAUGACAUAAACCAAGAAAUUACUGAGUGCACCUUUAAAGAAUUACCAUACUUACUGGAAAACUAGCGCAAACCUACAGGCAACCUUAACAGGUUAGUCUGAAAAGCAUUCUGCAAUAUUGUUGCCCACCGCUGUGUUGUUUCAUUGAUCAAGACUUCAGCUUGACAUUUUGUAGACAUUAUAUUUCAGAUUGUUUCUGUUUUUCAAUUGCAUUAUUUCCCUUAUGCCUUUCAGUGGUCAUUCCUCAUGUUUGUAUAAUGAGCAAAUGAAGACAUUAAGCUUAAAGGGAAAUUUCACCAAAAAUGAAAACUCUUAAUUAUUUACUCACCUUCAUGCCAUCCCAGUUGUGUAUGACUUUCUAUCUUCUGCUGAACACAAACUAAGAUUGUUAGAAGAAUGUUUCAGCACUGUUGGUCCAUGCAAUUCAAGUGAUUUGAAGCUCCAAAAGUACAUAAAGGCAGCACAAAAGUAAUCCAUACGAUUCCAGUGAUUUAAUCCCUGUCUUCAGAAGGAACACCUAUCAUACUACUUCUGAAGACAUGGAUUUAAUUUAUGGAUUACUUUUAUGCUGCCUUUAUGUGCAUUUUGAAGCUUCUAAAUUUUGGUCACCAUUCACUUGCACCAUUUCACUUAAAAAAUCUUCAUUUGUGUUCAGCAGAAGAAAGAAAGUCAUACACAUCUGUGAUGGCAUGAGUGAAAGUAAACGAGAGAAUUUUCUUUCUUUUUUCAUUUAUUUCAGUGGUUUAUUUCUCGAUACCUCUAUCAGACACACUAUUGCUUGUAAUUCUCCCUUAUGUGAAUAUUUGUGUAAGAGAAAACAUUUUCUGUCUGUAGUCAUAUAUGCAUAUAGAUUCAUGCUGUCCAUCAGCAACAUGUGGUGUAAUUGCAGUAGAGCAACAGUCUGGACUUUUCUAUUGUGACUGCUAAACAUGGGAGGGGAUAAAGAUAUACAAUUUAAACAAAGACCUAAUAAUACAUUUAUGUGAAUCCGAUGAAUUUGUAACAUGUG